AUGAAGAUCCCUUCUUUUGAGCUUGCCACUUCAACUACAAGGAAGUAUUUGAGCUUCCCAAGAUCUUUAAUCUCAAAUUUGGAAUGUAGUGGUGAUCAUUCAGUGUUCGACAAGGAUGCCUGCUUUGGGAAGAUCAUCUUGGUAGUUUAUGUUGAUGAUAUUGUUCUUACUGGUAGUGAUGAACAUGAGGAAACUGGAUUGUUGGGAUCCAAGCCAGUGGAGAUUCCUAUGGAUCCCAAUGUAAAGACGACUGAUAGUCAAGGGGAGCCAUUAGAAGAUCCAGUAAGGUAUAGGAGACUUGUAGGCAAGCAAAUUUACCUCUCUAUCACUCGGACUGGCAUCUCAUUCAAUGUUGGAGUUCUCAGUGAGUUUAUGCAAAAUCCCAUAACUACUCAUUGGGAUGGUGCUCUAAGAGUGUUGAAGUAUUUAAAGG